GUCACGUGACCAACCAGGAAGUACACUGCGUUGUUUUGCUCGGUUGACAGGUCACUUGCUUUCUCUGUGCUUUCCUCCAUUUGCUGCACGGUUGAUUCGUGAAGAUUUGUUUAUCUGUUCGUUGUUUUAAUCAAUUCAGCAUCAAGUUCUCAACGCGUUUGCAUGGCAACCUCUCUAUCAAAACAACAGGAUCCGGCACGAGAGCAGGACGCGGAGAAAGAGAGACUGCUGACCUCUGUGACCUUUGACCCCAGUCCCGUUGACCUCAGCGAUGGAGGUCAGGGGAUCCGGCCCUCUCUGGACCUCCAGGGGUCGUCUCUGCGGAGAGAGGCGCAGGAGGAGGAGGACAUGGCGGAGGAAGAGGCCCUGCGCAGGAAGCUGAAGUACUUCUUCAUGAGCCCGUGUGAUAAAUACCACGCCAAGGGCCGCAAACCAUACAAGCUGGUGCUACAGCUGAUCAAGAUCAUCAUCGUCACCAUGCAGUUGGUGCUGUUUGGUUUGAGUAAUCAGAUGGUGGUGAUGUUUAGGGAUGAGAACACAGACACGUUCAGACAUCUCUUCCUGCAGGACUAUCAGGACGACACAGACGGGUUUGCCAUACACACACAGAGCCACGUCUAUCAGCACAUCAACUAUGCCAUAGAGCAGUAUCUGACCCUUCCUCAGAAGGCAGUGGGGCGCUACGCCUACGUGUUGGGGGUGAUGAACGGUAGCGCCCUCUCUCUCUGUCAGUAUUACUAUAAGAAGGGCAGCAUCGACCCGGUCAACGACACCUUUAAUAUUGACCCCCACGUCACCACCGACUGUAUAGGCAUCGAUCCUCCCACAGACCCUUCAGCUCCUCUCCCUGAACACUACAAGAACUUCACUCUCAAAUUCCACAAGCUGAUAAACGUGACCAUAGAGUUUAAACUAAAGGCCAUAAACAUCCAGACGAUCAUCAAUAACGAGCUUCCAGACUGCUACACCUUCUCCGUCACCAUCCUCUUUGAUAACAGAGCCCACAGUGGGAAAGUGAAGGUCAGUCUUCGUAACCAGGCCGUCAUCACAGAGUGCAGGGAUCCCAGCGUGUCUGGACACAAGGAGAACUAUAUGCGGGUGGCAUUUGACGUGUUGGUGGCAGUCAUUUGCGGUCUCUCUCUGACUCUGUGUGGACGAUCCAUACUCCGAGGAAUCAUCUUGCAGAACGAGUUUGUGCGCUACUUCAGGCAGUCUCUGUCCCGGAGUGUGUGUUGGGGAGACCGGCUGGAGUUCAUUAACGGCUGGUAUUUACUCCUCAUCAUCAGCGACGUUCUCACCAUCAUCGCCUCCUUCAUCAAGAUCGGCAUUGAGACCAAGACCCUGGCGUCCUACGAUGUGUGUGGGAUCCUGAUGGGAACGUCCACGCUGCUGGUGUGGGUGGGAGUGAUCCGCUACCUCAGCUUCUUCCAGAAAUACAAUAUCCUGAUCGUGACCCUGAGAGCUGCGUUUCCAAACGUCAUCCGCUUCUGCUGCUGCGCUGCAGCCAUCUAUAUGGGCUACUGCUUCUGCGGCUGGAUCGUCCUGGGACCCUACCAUGCUAAAUUCCGUUCCCUCUCCACGGUGUCGGAGUGUCUGUUCUCUUUGAUAAACGGAGACGACAUGUUCUCCACGUUCUCGGAAGUGGAGCGCAGCAGCACGUUGGUGUGGCUCUUCAGUCAGCUCUACCUCUACACCUUCAUCUCGCUCUUCAUCUACAUGGUGCUGUCGCUCUUCAUCGCCCUCAUCACCGGCGCCUACGACACCAUCACCCAACAAGCCCAGGAGGCUCCUCAUGUUUCAGACCUGCACAUGUUCAUCGCUCAGUGCAUGGACACGCCCACCUCGGGAAAGUUCCAGAGCCCAGAACCCCCGGAGUCCUGCUCACUCUGCUGCUGCUUGAACUAGACAGGAAAGAGUGUGUGUGUGUGUGUGAGACAGUGUUUUACUUCUUGUUUGUAAAUAUUUGCCUGGUGUUCUUAUAGAAGCUUGUUUACAGCUAAUUUUUGGCAUGUCAGGUGUUGCCUCUGAGUCAAUAAGGGGCGGAGCUGAAGCUCAUCGUCCAAUCACAAACUUCGCAUGACUUUAGCACAGCAGUCGCCUUCACAUCAGCUAGCUCUCUAAUGGUCUUGUUUGUAAACAUUCAGCUGUCUUUCUUAUAAAACGUAAUACACACUAACCGUGUAGCCUGCUAGUGCUAGCAAGCUCGUUCACGAGAUAUACUAUUAGCUGCUGGAGGCAUGAUGUUAAGCUAAACUAAACUGAGCUACUAAACGACUUCAUCGGUUAGAGUUAUGAUUAGCUAGCUGGCUAGUUUAGCUAAUGCUAAAAAGCAAAAAAAAAAAAUCAGUAUUUUAUGCUAAGCAGGAAAAACCUGCUAGUUUUAAAUUGGGUCACAGUUUUGAGAGAUAAACUACGCCCAUAGUUUCUAAUAGCUGUGACGCUAGUCAUGUUUCUCAGAACAUGUAGACAUUUGCUUGGUCGUUAGCACUAACAUUCAUUUUUCUCAAGAAUUUGUAAAAACUUUGCGCUUGUUUUAAUAGCUAGCUUUAAACACUUCCCUGUUGCCUAGCAAUAUUGUUCUCCUGACAGUGACCAAGCUCUAUAUGCAAAUUACGUUUAAGCCCCACCCCCUUUUUGACUUGGGGACACCCUCAUGGUUGGCUGGUGGUGAAGGGGUUUAUAAUGUUUUAAUGUUGUGUUAAUUUUAUGGCGGUAACGUACCGAGCGCUAAUCUCACUGAACUGUGUCACUAAGGAUGUUUUAUUGUGUUUAAGAUAUUUAUCUUAAAUCGUGUGUGUGUGUGUGUGUGUCUCAUACUCCAUGGAACUGAAGAUGAUACACGUGAACAGAGGUGUGGGAUCCUGCAUGACAAAAACAGAAAAAAGUCGCACAGCGUGAGCGAGCGCUUAGCCGUUAGCUGUUAACAGCGUCCGUUAACCGCGGCAUGGAGCUACUGUGUGAUGUAUUUACAGCCUCGGUUCCUUCAGCCUGAGGAACUACCUGCUCAAAACCCCAGCCCCGCCCACAUGUCUGAGUGAUUGUUUUCAGGGGCAGAUUUCACAUCAUGAUGAUGUUUCUACAUCAGAGUUUCAAAUGGAAUAUAAAAAACAAAACCUCUUCCUGUUUAGACCACGCCCACUUCAGGUUUCAACCCGACUACAGAUACAGAUAGAUAGUGACAUUGUGUUAUAUUUAAUGGUCUGUAAGCAGCACAUGCUUAUUCUCUGUCUCUCUCUCUCUCUCUCUCUCUCUCUGUCUCUCUUUUUCUAUCUCUGUCUCUCUCUUUCUCUCUCUCUUUAUCUAUCUCUCUCUGUCUCUCUUUAUCUCUCCCUAUCUCUCUCUCUCUCCCACACACAAACACACAGGAGCAUCACACAGGAAUCUUCACAGCUGGCUUACCGCUCUGUUCAUUCUUGUCUUUCAUUUCAUCCCUGCAGUGUGUGUGUGUGUGUGUGUGAGAGAGAGAGAAAAGGACGAGCGUAGCCCGCAGCUUCACCAAGGCAUCAAUAUUUAUACGCGGGAACCGAGCGUGUGUUUAAUGGAGCCGCAGUCGGAGUCCGGCUCCGCUGGCCUUUUCAUCCGCACUGUCCCUGCCGAGAGGGAGAAAGAGAGGGAAAGACAGGGAGUGACUCUGACCGGGGGAGGUUAUUAUCCACGGACCAUUCUCUCUUCUCUUUCUUUCUUUCUUUCUUUUCUUUCUUUCUUUCUUUCUCAUUUCUUGUUUGUCUCACUCUCUCUCUCUCUAGUAUCCCAGUCAGCCUUCUGCAGAGAGAGUGAGAUCAGAUCAGAGGCCUUAAAGAUUUGGAGUGCGUCAGCGUUGCUUAAUGUACUGGAUUAAAUUCAAAAAGUACAUUAAGGGAGAUUAAUGAAAAGGACGCCUUGUGUAAAAGAAGCAGCUCUCGGUGCCAAAGGGCCACGGCAUCGCAGGGUCAUUUAACCCGACGUCUUCCUCAUUCGACUCUUCAGAUAGGCAUCGGAUGUUUGAGACCGUAAACGAAUUAGACAUUCAUUCUAAAAGCAUGAUUUAGAGUGACUUCAAGAACAUGGCCGCCGUCAGCCAAUCAGCUCGCAGCACACACUUGACAGUGUAGCACUGAGCUCCUGACCAUAAUUUUAUUAAUAUUCAUGAAAAUUCAAUUCAUCUGUGGUUCUUUUCUGUGUGUUUUGUUUGUUUGUCAUUUGUUUCCAUAUGAACUGCGACUUUUGUGGAAACUAGCCGCUAGAUACGGGAGCAGCGAGCGGUGCUUGGCCCCCGCGGAUCGCUUCUGUUGCCUGUAUUAAUAUUUAAUUAAUAUUAUUAAUUAAUUAUGUAGUUUUUAAUUGCAAGCUUUUAGGUUGGAAUGGUCAACAUUACCAAAAAAAAAAAAAAAAGCAUCCAUCCACUCAGUCGAGUCCAGACUAACAGGAAAAAAAACAAAUGGUUUAUUUUAUUUUAUUUUAUUUUAUUUUAUUUUUUGCAGCCGUUUUUGUCUGUUUCUUUCCCCUCCUCUCCCCUGUGUGAUCUGAGACACUGUAACAUUAGCGAGCUUCAUCAUGUCUUCAUCAUUCCCAUCUCCAGCCCUGUGUUUUUCCUCCUCUCUGUUUUGAAGUGUAAAUUCCAGCCGCAGGAACAACCGGCUUUGUUUGUUUUCUUGUUUGUUUGGUGGGUUUUUUUUUUUUUGUUUUGUUCCCUGAGGGAUGACGAUCUGUCUGGAGGUGAAGCCCACAACACACUGUCUUCUCUAUCUGUACACACAGGAAGGGAGAUGAAAGGAGAAAGGGGAAAAAAAGAAAGGGAAAACAAAACAAAGGCUAACAGGGAGAGUGACGUGACACCAAAACCAUUUCCCUCUUAUCAGAUACCUCUCUCUCUCUCUCUCUCUCUCUGUUUCUCUCUUUCUCUCUUUCUCUUUCUUUUACCACCUUGUACCAUUUUAUCAGCUGCAUUUGACCGAUCAGUCUCUCCAGAAACAAAUGGAAAUGUUCAGGCAGUGAUUCUUGACACAGGUUCUCCCCAGGUUCUGGUAGAGACCUGUCAUGUGACGUCACACAUGAGCACAGCUCUUACAGGAAGUUAGGACAGAUGUGUCGUCACUGCUAGGAGUUCUAGAAGAAUCCUGUGGCUGUGAUUUCAUCGAUUUGAGUAAAUUUCCACAAUCCUUGAAAUCCUGGAGGGACUGAAUAUUAGAGCGAGACUCACCGAUGCGGCUAGAAAGGCGAAAAAGCACAAGAAUCUCGCAAAUGUUGAAAAGAUCCGCUCUCCCGGAACACAAACCCGGAGAAACAUCCGUAUGAGCCGAUAACAUUCCUGAAACGAAAGGUUUCCGGAAUCCCGAACACAUCCUCUACUGACAAGAAAAGGGAAAGCAAACUUUAUUCUCUUUUAUUUCUGAAACUGGAAUGUGAACUGACUUUUCCUGUGUGUGUGUGUGUGUGUGUGUGUGAGAGAGAGACACACCAGCCUGUUUCAUGUUAUUUAUAGUUUGAUGUAAUUGAUGUGUAAAUGUAUUUUCUUUUAAACGUGUGCUUUGAUUUCUUUCUAUCAAGAUGAGAAAUUUGAAAAGCAUGAUGUCCUUCCUAUCCAUAUCUGAGGACACACACACACACGUUUACAAACUCACAUGUUCACACACACACGUUUAAACACACCCACAUGUUCACAAACACACACAUUCACACACACACACACACACACACACACAUGUUCACACACAUACACACACUUGUUUAAACACACACCCACAUGUUCACAAACACACACAUUCACACACACACACACACACACACACACACAUGUUCACACACAUACACACACUUGUUUAAACACACACCCACAUGUUCACAAACACACACACGUUCACAAACUCACAUGUUCACACACACACGUUUAAACACACCCACAUGUUCACAAACACACACAUUCACACACACACACACACACAUGUUCACACACAUACACACACUUGUUUAAACACACACCCACAUGUUCACAAACACACACAUGUUCACGCACCUACACGUUUAAACACACACACACGUGUUCACACACUACAUACAGUAUUUGAGAUGCCUGUAGUUUUUAGACUGUAGAAGGUGCAAGUCAGACCUGCUAACACACGCUCCAAAAAAAUAAUUAAUUAAUUAAUAAAUAAGUAAGAGCUGUCGGUUGGAGGCGCUGACACUGAACCUGUUUUUGGGCUCUGUCCAGUGUUCUGUCCACUCUGUGGGUCACGUUUUUUGGAGGAAAACCAGACUAAAAUAAAACUCCUUGUGUUUCGGUGCUGUUAGACGGAGCAGAGCAUGCUGCUGAGUCACAGCAAUCAGUGCUAACACAGGACGCGUGUUUAGCCUCAGAUUCAUUCUUUUGUUUCCUCCUCUCUCUCUCUCUCUCUCUCUCUCUCUCUUUUGGGAGAUAAUCUCUAAGCAAGAGGCGAUUAAACCCAACACAGCUGCACAGGAAGUCACUUAGACUGAAGUGUUAAUUGCUAGCCGGUGCGCGGCUUUGUGUCUCGAACCGCUCUGAAAAAACAAAACUCAGUUUGGAUGGGUUCUGAUGGAGGAAGAGGAGGAGGAGGAGUGUAGGAACAGACACAGGGAGGGCUGAGACUCCAUCGAUAUACAGAUAAUCAAUACAGAGAGUGAGCAGGAAGGAGGAAAGAGCUGAAGGAAGUGGUGCUAAUAAAAAAAUGUAUACACGUCUGCAGGAUGAGUGAUUAUAUAUCCUAUGAGCUCCUUACGAGCAGGAAUAUAGCGUUUAUAACGUUCUUUUUAUUGAUUAGUUUGUAAUGAACAGCGGAGUCUGGAAGUCUGAGACGGCUAGACAGGCUAUAAAACCUGAGGACAUCCUAAUGCAAGAUCUGUCCUCACUGAUGAUUAUAUCAGCAACUCGGACUGUAUGGAGUGAAUAAACGAAUGAAAGAGUUAACUAAAGAAUAAAAGAAUGAGCAAAUGAACAAAAGAAUCAGGGAAUGAAUGAAAGAAUGAAAAAUAAAAGAAUGGACAAAAGAAUCAGUGAAUAAUCAAUGAAUGAAAGAAUAUAAAAUGAAAGAAAGAAUGAAGGAAUUAGUGAAUGAAUGAAUGAACAGAUGAAAGAAUGAAUGAACAAGUGAAUGAA